AUGCCCAUGUUCCAGUACCACGCCGGUGCUGAAGAAGGCCGCCCGCCUUCUCCAGAUGAACAGGAAAUGGCACUACCUCAACCAAUCAGGAUCAGCGUUGCGCAGCAGCUGGCGAGGAAGCUCUCCGAAGAGAGCAUACGCACUGAGCUGUGCGAGGGUCCAGUCGACAGCCCACCUGCGGCACACUCACCACAGCCUCCUGACCAAGCCGCGACCACCUCCGAUCGCGCUGAGCUCAUUGAACGCUUGAAGCGCGGGGAGAGCCCUACCUGGGUCCCCAAUCGACGUCUCGAUUCCCUCUUUCAGCAAGAUGGCCCGCUUUCACCCAGCGACGGCCGCCCUGGCCCUCGUUCGCAGCCGGACUCCCACGCGACCCUGCUACCAUCAGCCCCGAUCACGAGCGAGCAAUAUAGCCCGCCGAACUCAGCGACAGAUGCUGCAAAGGAGUGGCAACGGGAUGGGUUGAAUAUGGAGCGACCGAGAUCCGCCCUACACAGCGGUGACUUCACUCAGGAUAAUGGCAGAUUGGCAGGGAGCCCUCUGCCAACGAAAGGUCUGUUUCGGGAACGCCAGCAAACUAUUUGGGAAGGGCGGUGGAUUGGGGAGUCGAUAUCACAGCCUCUUAGGCUGGCAACAUCGCCGCCGCGUCGUUCGGGCGCCAUCGAUAUUGGAACCCGUACUCCACUGUCCAAGCCCUCAGAUACGUACAGCCCGACACGGGAACCGUCUGCGAGUCGCGGAUCCGGUAUCAGCUCUCUGUCCUCUUCAUUUUCCUCUAGCUUUGCCUAUAGGCACCCAACAAGCCCUCUGGUCCAGUCCGAGAGCAAUGAAGACUUGGAUCUUGGGUUGCCCCUAAGUAACAUCGAUCUGGGUCCUAGUAGAACCCCUCGCCGUCAUACCCUGUCAGCCCGUGAUCAUUCGUCACCCUCUGUACCGCCAUAUCAUUCAAAUUCUCGCCGUGAGACAAUCCCCCCGUAUCAGGCGCAUCAGCCACGACGAUCUUUGGUGUCAACUCCGAGCUGGCAUGCGAUCACGUCUGCGGAAGCAUCGCCUGGGUCUCCCACCAGUAUUCUUAGGUCUCGACAGCAGUCCUUUGGCUCCGACACCUCGCCUUUGCACCAUGCAUCGAUGGUGGGGUCCUAUGAGGAGAGUAUUCUGCGCGGACGCAUGUCGACAACUCCUUCUAAGCCUCUUGACUUUGUGGCUCAGAUAGGUGUUUUGGGUAUUGGCGAGUGCAAGUCGAGCCUACGGUGUCCUCCACAUGUAACCUUGCCUUUCUCUGCCGUGUUCUAUAGUUACUCCAGUACUUCUCAUGGCCGGUCCGCCACUGAGGAUGGACCAAGCCCAUACGUGGGCAUGAUUGAUCUUGAGAACGGCCUCAAAGAUCAGAGUGGAGAUGAUCGCGCCAAACGCAAGGCACAAUCUCGUAAUCUCGCGCGACGUGCUCGGCAAGAAGCCGCCGAAGAUGUCAGUAUGGUCGGUAACUCGCCUGAGGAGAUGACACAAGAUAGUCCGUCUAAUCGGCCUGGUACGGACUCGCGCAAAAGUGCCAAGUCGAAACGUCAGCCAAGCUCACCAAGGGCACCUCCAGGGGGCUCAUACCGCAUUCCCCCAAAGGGUCAAUUGCAAAUUGUGAUCAAAAAUCAGAACAAGACGGCCGUGAAGCUGUUCCUUGUCCCGUAUGACCUGAGCGGAAUGGAACCAGGCACAAAGACUUUCAUUCGGCAGCGCGUGUUCUCAAAGGCCACAACCUCCGAGGUGAGCAAUGGCGGCAGCAGCACAGCGCAGGGUGUGCAACAACCGUUGGCGGAAACACGACCGAUACUUCGCUAUCUGAUCCAUUUACACAUCUGUUGUCCGUCCAAAGGCCGUUACUAUCUUUACAAGAGUGUGCGGGUUGUCUUUGCCAACCGCGUUCCGGACGGCAAGGAGAAGCUCCAGAACGAGAUUACACUGCCUGAGCCACGUUUCAGCGCAUACAAGUCUGUCCGCGUCAUGCAGCCUACGCUACAGAACAACCCAGCGUCGAUGAACACAAGUGGCCCAGGGGCCCUCUUGGCAGCCGAGAAGGCCUUCCGGCGGCGCAGCGCCGGAUAUAUGUUUGGUGGCGGCGGAGGGCAUGUGCAGCCUGGCGGCUCAAGGUUUGACAGCUUCUUAGACGGCAUAUCACCGGCUUUUGGUGCUGUUGGUCCAGCGGCUCUUCCAGGUGGCAUGGUUGCAACCCAGAACAAGCCAGUCGAGCCCAGUGCCUCACCAGCUCCAAGGACGAGACUGGAGAGCGUCAACAGUGUGUGUGCAGAUCCGACCUCGGAUGGGUGCACGGCGUCUUCGUCAUCCCAGGCGAGCACAUUGUCACCACCUGGGACCCUUCGGAAUGCAAGCCUGGGGCGGCAGGACCGAAUGGUUCCAGAGAUCGUCUCCCUUACCCCGACGCGGUACAACAAGCUGAACAAAGGAGACGUGGGUUAUGGUGGUAAUGCCUUCUUAAUGCAAGCUUCUGAUGGCCAGUCGACUGCUAGGGGCGCUGCCGAAGGCCUGUUGUCCCAACGGCUCCGGUCAUUGGGCGUCCAGGAAGAUGAGAACGCAACAGCAGGUGGGCAACUUGGACAUCUUUAG